AUGCGUCCCGGGGCGCCCCUCUGGCCGCUGCCCUGGGGGGCCCUGGCUUGGGCCGUGGGCUUGGUGGGCUCCGUGGGCUCUGGGGGCUCCGGGGACCCCGCGCCCGGUGGGGUGUGCUGGCUCCAGCAAGGCCUUGAGGCCACAUGCAGCCUGGUGCUGAAGACAGACAUUAGCCAGGCCGAGUGCUGCGCUUCUGGGAAUGUGGAUACUGCCUGGUCCAACUUCACCCACCCAGGAAACAAGAUCAGUCUCCUGGGGUUCCUGGGGCUGGUCCACUGUCUCCCCUGCAAAGAGUCGUGCGACGGCGUGGAGUGUGGCCCCGGCAAGGUCUGCCGCAUGUUGGGGGGCCGCCCACGCUGCGAGUGCGCGCCCGACUGCUCGGGGCUCCCGGCGCGUCUGCAGGUCUGCGGCUCGGACGGCGCCACCUACCGAGACGAGUGCGAACUGCGCGCCGCGCGCUGCCGCGGACAACCGGACCUGCGCGUCAUGUACCGGGGCCGCUGCCGCAAGUCCUGCGCCCAUGUCGUGUGUCAACGGCCCCAGUCGUGCGUGGUGGACCAGACGGGCAGCGCGCACUGUGUCGUGUGCCGCUCGGCGCCCUGCCCUACACCCUCGAGUCCCGGCCAGGAACUCUGUGGCAACAACAACAUCACCUACCUGUCCUCCUGCCACCUUCGCCAGGCCACUUGCUUUCUGGGCCGCUCCAUUGGCGUGCGCCAUCCGGGCUUCUGUGCAGGCACCCCGGAACAGUCGGAUACUGAUUCAGAGGAGGAGGAGAAUUUCGUAUGA